AUGAGAUUCGAAAGCGUCGUCGCGCCGUCUCACGCGCGCUCGCGCCGUCGUCGUCGCAGGUACAACGGAUUCAGCGGACACGACCGCGGGCGCGCGCCAUCGCGGUUCUUCCCGUCCGCGGACGCGCCCGCUCACGGCGCGGGGCGAGCGCCGGCGCGUCGGUCGCCGCCGCGCGGGGAGCGGCCUCGACCACCGAACGACAACGAUCGCGCGACCGAGCUACGACGACGCCCGAAGCACCCCAAGCCGCUUCAAGACGAGCUCGACCACCUGUUCGGGCGCAGCGAAGAGACGUCGCAGGGCAGCGGCGACGGCGACGGCGACGGCGACGGCGACGGCGACGGCGACGGCGACGGCGACGGCGACGGCGACGGCGACGGCGACGGCGUGGACGAGCUCCCGCCGCGGCCGACGCUGCGGUACGUCGUCCCGGAGAAGGAAAACGUGGAGGAGCCGCCGCCGGCGAAGGCCAGGGCGGCGGGGACGAAGCGGAAGGCGAAGGCGACGAUGGAUAAGAACCAGGUCACGCUGUCGCAAGUCUUCGGCGGCGGCGGAGCGAGGGGGUGCGAAGACGACGACGAUGACGAUGAAGCGACGGAGACGGAGAGCGCGGCGGCGAAGGCGAGGAAACGCGCGGCGGAGUCGCGGUGGGCGACGCCGGCGCCGGCGGCGGCGGCGCCGCCGCCGGCGACGGCGACGCCGUCGACGGCGACGAAAGCGUUCCUGAAGUUUGGCGGGAAGAUCAAGCGCGUCGCGGACGCGAACGUCCUGACGACGUUCCUCGAGACGCACGCGCGCGCGCCCGCGUGCGCGGUCGGCGUCCUCCUUCGAGACGUCGUCGGAAACGCCAAGUUUGGGUUCAAAAGUUCGCUCCGCACCGCCGCCGCCGCGGACGUCGCGGCGGCGAAGAGAGCGACGAAAAACGGCGGCGUCGGCGGCGCCGCGACGAGCGCUCGCGCCGAGGCUGUCGGGUUCGGCGUCGUCCUCCUCGGCCGAGGCGCGGACGAUUCGCUGUGGUUCUUCCCCGCGGGGCCCGGCGGCGCGGACGGCGCGGACGACGCGCUUCUCUCCGCGUUGAUCCGCGCGUUGUGCUGCGGGAAACAAACCGUCGCGCUUCACGCGCAGGCGGUGGUUCGGUGGCUCUCUCUGACGCGCGACUCAGAGGUCGCGUUCGACGCUUCCGUCGCGUGCGUGCUCGACCCGCGGAUCAUGGCGUGGCUCGCGAGCCCGGAAGACGCGCACGACGGCGGGAUCGACGCGUUGACGCGCGAAUUCGGCGGCGGCGACGACGGCGGCGGCGGCGGCGCGGCGGCGACGGCGACGGCGACGGAUCGGCCGCUCGAGCGUCUCCGUCUCGACCUCCUCGCCGCCGCGCGUCUCACGCAGCGUCUGAAAGCGCACGAGCGCGUGCGAGGGCUCGCGCGCGUCGUCGCGCUGGAGGGCGCGAUCGCCGCCGGUCUCGGGACGUUGGAGUCGAUAGGGCUUCCGUUCGACGCCUCCGUCGUGGAAGCCGCCGCGGUCGGGUUGAGACGCGAGCUGUCGUCGAUAGAGGCCGAGGCGUCGCGGUCGUUGCCCGGGCGCGGUCAGCCUCUCAACCUGAGUAGUCCGCAGCAGGUCGCGGACGUGCUGUACGGCUUCCUCGGGUUCCCGCCGCCGUCGUCGAACGCGAUGCAGGGCGCGAAGACGGCGCAGCUCACGACGAAGGACGACGUCUUGCGCGAUUUCGCGUCUCGGCCCAACGCGCAUCCGCUGCCGGGGAUGGUGUUGAGAUACCGCGCGGUGACUCGCGCGGUCGCGAUGUGUAACGCGUACGCGUCGUUAACGGACGCCGAUGGACGGUUACGGUGCGAGUGGAACAACACGAGGACCGCGACCGGGCGGCUGUCGUCCUCGAACCCGAACCUCCAGGCUGUCGGAAGAGCCGAGCACUCCGCCGGCGCCGGCGAGGAGGAACUCGCGACGUUCAACCUCCGCGCCGCGUUCGUCGCGCCCCCGGGGAAGGUCCUCCUCGCCGUGGACUACUCCCAGAUCGAACUCCGAACGCUCGCGCACCUCACGCGCGACGAGAAACUGUGCGGCGUCUUGCGCGUCGCCGGCGACGGCGGCGACGUUUUCAAGAUGAUUUGGAACCUCAGCCGCGACGCGCCGCGCGACGCGCCCGUGAGCGCCGAGGACCGCGACAAGGCGAAGCGCACGGUGUACGGCGUGUUGUACGGCCAAGGCGUCGCCGGGCUCGCGGAGAAGCUGGCGUGCUCGACCGACGCCGCGAAGGGUCUGAUCGACGCGCUGUUCCGAACGUUCCCCGGAUUGAAGCGUUUCGUCGUCGCGACCAAGGAACGCGCGAGGGCGACCAAGUCGGCGGAGCUCCCGAGCGGGCGGCACCGGCCGCUUCCCGGGAUCGACGCCGCCGCCGCGAGCGCGCGCGCGGAGGCGGAACGCAAGGCGAUGAACACGCUCGUGCAGGGGACCGCCGCGGACAUGAUGAAGACCGCGAUGGCGCGGUGGUUCGCCGCGAUUUCGCCGGCGCCGGCGGCGUCGGCGUCGGCGUCUGCGAUUUCGCCGGGUGGCGCCGAGGGCGACGCGCACGCGGACGUUCGAGGGAAAGCGGACCCGACGCGCGCGCGUCUGAUCGCGCAGAUACACGACGAGCUCCUGUUCGAGUGCGACGACGCGAGGGAGUGCGUCAACCGCGUCGCGGCGCUCGCGAAGGUGUGCAUGGAGAGGGCGGCGAAGGUAUCGGUGCCGACGCCGGUGAAGGUGAGCGUCGGACGCGACUGGGCGACGAUGACGCCGCUCGGCGAGUUUAGUGCGCGCUACGGGACCGCGUGA